UUUAUCACUCACAUUCUUCACCACCUCUCGCCUUGUUUUCCUCCCCAAAUAUAAAACACCCACAUAUAAUUAAUCAAAAAUAAAAAUGGCAACUGCGGCAUCCGAAACAGUCGAAGACGCCGCCAACGGCAAGGAGUCAUCGAAAGGAGUCGAAGUCGGCGGCGGCGAGGAGGUGCAUUACAGAGGCGUGCGAAAGAGGCCGUGGGGCAGAUACGCCGCCGAGAUAAGAGAUCCCAACAAGAAGGCUAGGGUUUGGUUGGGGACUUUCGACACGGCUGAGCUCGCGGCGAGGGCUUAUGAUGACGCCGCACGGGAAUUUCGUGGCGACAAGGCCAAAACAAACUUUCCAGCGCCUGAUACGAGGAGGAAUGAUGGUGAAAUUCAGGUGAGUCAGAGCCCGAGUCCGACGAGUACUGUUGAGUCGUCGAGUCAGGAAAGGUUUGCGGCGGCUGUGAACCCAAACCUAGCUGUCCUGAAUGGUGGGGUCGGGUCUUGGCUCGGGUAUGGGUCGGGUUAUGGGUUACCUCUCAUGUACCCGUAUUAUUGCAAGCCUUAUGGGCCGAUGCAGGGUUAUGGAUUGCCGCCGAUGCUUUACAGAAACCCUGAGUUUCGGGCCAACCUCCUUGCAGCUCGAAGUGACUCAGCCUCUUCUUCUGUGGUUGAUGUGAAUCCGACCCGGAAAGGACUCGAUCUUGAUCUGAACUUGCCACCUCCAUCGGAGGAUUGAUGUGAUUAAAAGCUGUUGGUUUAUGAAUGAUUUAACUGUAGUCAGUGCUGAAAAUUAUAGAACAGGAGUAGUUAUGAUUUUAAUGGAACUUCCGGUGAAAAGUUGCCUGUAGAAGAUUAUAUUAUGAUAUGUUUCUUAACGACGGCGAAUGUUAAAUUGUUGUUUGCUGUUUGUUUUAUUCAGUUGCUAUAUCCUCCUAAUGGAAACUACUAUUCUUACAA